AUGAGAAGCAAAAAAGGGAGAAUUGUAUACCUACUGAACCAGUCGCCGAACCCACAUAUAAGGGUUGAUAAGUCUGAAAAGGAGAGGAGUAAGUCUACAUAUGGGAGAAGGGAAAGAGAGGUUCGUCCAAAAGUGAGUGUUAAUAGAUAUGAGCUUAAAACCCCAGAAAUUAAGCUAAAAAGAAAGUCACCGACUCAGCAUACAGACUCUUUUGAGGAAUUAUCGAGGUUUUUUAGUCAUCUUUCGGUGAGAAAUCAUACACCUUUUCAAAAUUCAAAGUCAAGAAUUGAUUGUCAUAGAAAUAACAGCUCAUGAAGGAGAAGCAGAGAAGGGCCUUUUAUGAAGUCUCAUCGACAAAUUUUUAAUGAAGAGCUAACAGUAGAAGAAAAGCAGGAAAUGAAGAAAAAGGUUAGCCUGGCUUUGAAAGGGCAGUAUGAAGAAAUCCAGGAAAAAGUAUCGAGCCAGCUUAAGACGAUGGAGGAAAAAGGAAUUUUCCCUAGCUUUCCUAUAUAGGAAAACAUUAUUAUUUUUUAAAUAUUAUAAAAAAUUAGCAGAAAAUCUUUUUAAUUAAAAAAUUUUUAUUAACUGAGAAUUCAAUUAUCAAUUAUAUCAAAUUAUUAUAUAUAUCAAAGACAACUUGUUGAUUAAAGAUGAGAAGAGUAAGCAGGCAAAUACUUUAAGGGCAGAGAGUAUUUUAGGGACUGAAAUAAAAAAACUGUAAGUUUUAAGCAGAGAAGCGAAAUUUUUGCCAAAGUUGCUGAAGCAAGCUAAGUCAGAAAUAAGUUUGGGGAGAGCUGGGUCGGUUGAUCGUAUCCCAAGCCAGCUUUUUUCAGAGAAGAAAAGUAAAAGGAUUUCAUUUUUGAAGAAGCUUGAAGAAAAUUUGGUUCAUAAAAAUGAAAAAAUAGAUGAUCUUAAUAGUGAGGAAGAGGAUGGUAUCAAAAGAUACCAAGAUUACUCUGAAAAAAUUAUAUCUGGGGUGUGCGAGAGUUUAUUGAACUAUAAGGUUAAUCCGAUCUAA